AUGGUUAACAGUGCAAUUUUAAAAAAUAAUAUUUAUUUCAAUAAGUUGAAUAUUUUUAAUCAUCUAAAUAUAUAUGAUGAAACAAACAAUAGAAGAAGAAAAAGAGCCACUUCUUCAGCACAAAGGAGACUUAGAAGAAGACUAAGAAAAAGAGUUCGUGAUCUUCAAAGAGCUGGAAAUUUUGCCCGAGCAAGAAUUGUACGUAGAAGACUUCGAGCAUCUCAUGGUCCACCUUAA